AUGGGUAAGAAGCCAGAGGUUUAUCUCUUCUCUCUGGUCUUGUUGUCGGGGCUUCUUCAGUGCUCAGGGGUCUUCAUGUUCUGGACGGCCUAUGUGGAAGUCUCCUACUUGGACAUCAUGGGCAACCAGACCGGCAAUCACCUUUGCGAGUGUGGGUUGUACGGUCGCGAUUCUCCCCGGCUUGCGGCUUCAGGCAUUGUUGUCCUGCCCGCCUCUGACCCUCUCGGCUGUGGAAGUGACCCCGUCUACAGCCACAACAACUCCGUGCCCUGGAUUGCCCUGAUCAAAAGGGGAAACUGUAGCUUCAGUGACAAGAUCAAUGCUGCCAAGCGUCAGGGGGCAGACGGUGUUGUGAUCUAUAACCUGGAUCUCACAGGAAACAUUGACAUGGCACACCAAGAAGCCCAAGGCAUUGUGGCCAUCAUGAUUGGCAACGCUAUGGGCAUGGAGUUAGUCAACCUUGUGCAGAGUGGCGUUGAGGUAACGAUGGUUAUCGAGGUCGGUAAACUUUACAAACUCUGGGUUCUGGACACCUGUACACUGUACUUCUUGUCCAUCUCCUUCUUUGUAGUAUUGGCAGCUUCCAUUGGCUACUUUAUCUUUGUCUCUGGCCAAAGACUCCGCAUCCUCCGGGGGCAGGAAAACACAGAGUCACGGCUCAAGUCUGAGGCAAAGAAAGCCAUUGGUCGGUUAGAAGUGCGCACGUUGAAACGAGACGACGAAGAGACCAGGUCCGACUCCCACACCUGUGCCGUGUGCAUUGACUCGUACAAGCCGGGAGAGGUGGUGACUGUUCUCACCUGUGGACACUUCUACCACAAGGCGUGCAUCGAGCCCUGGCUGCUGGAGAAGAGGACCUGUCCCAUGUGCAAGUGUGACAUCCUGAAGGCUCUGGGCGUGGAUGCUGAGGAGGAGAAGGACGGUUCACCCAACUCUCCACCAGAUGUCACCGUGGUGACGGUGUCAGGAGAAGAGCUGCUGACAGACACGCCGACCCCGGAACUUGAGAGGCACCAGGACCCGCAUCACUAUGACAACGUGGCCUUCGAGGGAGACUCUCAGAUCAUGAACAAUAUGGCUGCCAGAGGAUGAGCAAGCGGAGUCUGUUUAUUCACAACGCAACACUGUAUGUAUCACUGUGUCAGUAGUUUAAGGUCAAACUUGUGUGUUGACUAAAUGUGUGGUUGAACAGGACGGCAGAGCUUUUGUUAGGAUCAAAUGAACACCUAUGCUCUUUUGCACUGUGAAAUCAUGUCUCAAUUAAUAAAAAAUAAAAGUCCUUCCUGGACUGUACCAAACCAAAAUUUGAGGGGUUGGAUUUGGAUUCAGUUAUUGAGAACAGACUUUUGUCAACUUAAAUUUGUAAAGAAGUUUACUUUUUUGACCUGAGGCAAGAAGUAUGUCUUAACAAUAUGCAGUUAAACACAAUCUCAAGUUCUUAUAAUACUGAUAUAUUCUGCUGUGUAUUUUACUGUUUUAAUAAGCUAAUGCCAACCCCGUUAUCAAAAUAUGUGUAUUCAAAUUAGACUUCCAAUUAUGGUCUGACUUUAAAUGACAUUUAUUUAGAUGUAGGCUAAUUGCGCACUCAUUAUAACUUCCUUAAGCCUGACUUGCUGGACGAAUCAGGGACAACAUUGUGAAGAUUGUGUAUAUUUUGUCAGAUGACAUGUACUGGGGGUUAUGUAAAAUGAAUUGUUGUCCAAUCUGUUGCAUUGAGAGUACCCAUCUCAUGUCUGGAAGCUGAAGUCAGCACUAUACAACUCUGGUUAUGAUUUCCACAACAUAGAAACUUCACUGUAGUCUAAAAACAUUUGCAACAGUAUUACAUAAAUUAAUAUUAUCAUUUAUUUGAUCUUUGCCAGUUUGAAUUGCCGUUUCUUUAACAUCAAAUGAUGCCGGAUUUUUUGGCAUGGACUUUUUUAAAGGCAUUGACUUUAGCUAAAUGUAUUGCAGCUGAGGUAUGAUGUUUUACGUUAGACUGCCAAAUUGGCAUGUUAAGGAACUAAACAAAUGAACUUCUGUAACUCCUUUAAACUGAUCAAUAGGUGAAUCUCCUGUUCUAAAGUAUUUCAGGACCAGUUUUUCCAUCGUAUUGUGUUUCUGUGUAACUGUUUCCGUGUUAGAUAGCUCCUGCAUUGAUCAACUUCAUGUGAACAACAAAUUCUUUGGAAACUGGCUAGUUUUAGAUAAAGAUCGGCUUUCUUAUAUGUAAAUAUUAA